GGCGUCAUAAGCGCGCGCCGCUCUCUGGCGUCCUCGCAAGGUCGCUGUGCGGAACGGUCUCGCGUUUGAGGGACACGACCCUGGGUCGGGGUGCACGCCGUGUCCUUUUUCCUUGGUACCGGCGGCGACAUGACGGGGUACACGCCGGACGAGAAACUGCGGCUGCAGCAGCUGCGAGAGCUGAGGAGGCGAUGGCUGAAGGACCAAGAGCUGAGCCCUCGAGAGCCGGUGUUGCCCCCGCAAAAGGUGUGGCCUGUGGAGGAGUUCUGGAAUAAGUUUUUGCAGAACCGGUCCCCCUGGAGGAACAUGAUCUAUAAAGUAUACCGACACAGUGUCUUUGCUUUUACUUAUGUACUUAUACCUGCUUGGAUUAUUCAUUAUUAUGUCAAAUAUCAUGUGACUACAAAGCCAUAUGCUAUUGUUGAAAGGAAACCCAGAAUUUUCCCGGGUGAUAUAAUUCUGGAGACUGGAGAAGUUGUUCCACCAAUGAAGGAAUUUCCUGAUCAACAUCACUGAAGAUAACUUAAAAAUUUCAAAGACCUAUGAGGCCAAAUUUGUUCCUUUAGUACCAUAUUUACUGAAUAUAUUUUCUGGAAAAGCAACUUUAUUACUCUUAGAAAUGUGUUGUCAUAUCUCUUUCCAGACAUUGUAUAGUAUGAGACACUUUUUUGAGUCAUUUAAUGAUAAAUAAAAACUGAACAUGCAAAACAAAAUGAUCUGAGUGAUCACCUACUUUUCCUGGCUGUUCCUGAAUUGGAAAACAAGAUGUAGAGAAGCAUUUCGUCAAGACAGAAUUUUUCUUACAGAGAACUCACUCUAGUCUGGUGUGAGAGAAGGCAACAGAGUGAUGUGUUGCAAUAAACAAAUAGAAGAACAGAUAUUCCACAUACUUGUUUUAAAGGAGGCUUUCUGAGACAUUUUUGAAGUAUUUUAGAAACUCUUUAUUGAAAUGCAUGUCAUUCCAUCCAUAAUCUGAUACUCAAAGGCUGUCAGACCUAGGUUGCUUUGAUUUUGUCAUAUAAGAAUGUAAAAGACUAAAAUCAGAAAAAGUCAGAAAAAUCAGUGGUUAUUACAAAACUGUAUGCCAAAAUAAAUUUGAAACUUUA